UGGCGGGGCGGGAGUCUGGGCCCCGUCCACCCCCCCGCCCCCGGGACAGCCCCACCCCGGCGAAGAGGAAGGCUCUCGGCUCCUGGGAAAGGGAGUCGGGACACCGCCAGGAGGGGAGGGCGCGGAGCGCGCAACGAGCUGCCAAAGAGUCGGAGCGGAGAGAUCGAAGAGCGAGUGGGAGUGGGGGCCGCAGCCGAGGCCCGGGUGGAGGGGUCCCCGCCGUCCCUCGGCCCCCUCCCCCGCCGCCCGCCCCGGCCCGGCCCCGCCCCACCCCGGCGGCCCGGCCCCUCGCCCGCCCGCGCGCGGCGCAGUCUCCUCCCCGAGGUGCCGGUGGCCCCGCCGCCACUCCCUCCGGCUCCCUCCCUCCCGCCGCGGCGUGCAUCUCAUUCCAGCCCUCAUUCCGCGCAUUCCAGCGUCCUCCUCGCACACUCGAGGCCAGGGGGCGGGAGGGCCGCAGCUCCGGCGCCGCCGCGUCCCGCCAGAGCGAUCGCCGCGGCCGGAAGAGUUGGCGUUCGGGGCGGACUCCUUGGAACUGGCUUAGCGCACCCAUCCCACCUUCCCGCACCCUGGGACCGGUAAGGCUGGGGCGCGGGGACUUGGUAGGACUUUGCCGGAGGGCAGGAGUCUGCGCGGUGCGUGCGGAGCUCCCUCCCGGGACGAGACUGGGAAGAGCGAGGCACGUGGAGGCGGCGCGACUGAGGCUGGUGGAGGCGAAGCGGCUCCAGGGGCGGAUAAGGGGGGUGGACACUCGGGACUUUGGGGGAAAGGGAGGCCGGUGUGGAAAGGACCGGAGAGGCAGAACCGAGAGCAUCGACAACAGAAGAGACCCAGCACCCAUGCCUCUUUUCUGCUGGGCCCUUUUCGAGCCUGGAAGGGAGAGACCUGGAGGUCCAACGGGCGCUCCUCCAAGCGGAGCCUUGGAGGGCACGGCCGGCACCAUUACCUCCAACGAGUGGAGCUCUCCCACCUCCCCUGAGGGGAGCAAUGUCUCUGGGGGCAGUCAGGCACUGGACAAGCCCAUCGACAAUGACGCAGAGGGCGUGUGGAGCCCGGACAUUGAGCAGAGUUUCCAGGAGGCCCUCGCCAUCUACCCGCCCUGUGGCAGGCGCAAAAUCAUCCUGUCGGACGAGGGCAAGAUGUAUGGUCGGAACGAGCUGAUUGCCCGCUACAUCAAGCUCCGGACAGGGAAGACCCGCACCAGGAAGCAGGUCUCCAGCCACAUCCAGGUGCUGGCUCGUCGCAAAGCUCGCGAGAUCCAGGCCAAGCUAAAGGACCAGGCAGCUAAGGACAAGGCCCUGCAGAGCAUGGCUGCCAUGUCGUCUGCACAGAUCAUCUCCGCCACGGCCUUCCACAGUAGCAUGGCCCUCGCCCGGGGCCCCGGCCGCCCAGCAGUCUCAGGGUUUUGGCAAGGAGCUUUGCCAGGCCAAGCCGGAACGUCCCAUGAUGUGAAGCCUUUCUCUCAGCAAACCUAUGCUGUCCAGCCUCCGCUGCCUCUGCCAGGGUUUGAGUCUCCUGCAGGGCCCGCCCCAUCGCCCUCUGCGCCCCCGGCACCCCCAUGGCAGGGCCGCAGCGUGGCCAGCUCCAAGCUCUGGAUGUUGGAGUUCUCUGCCUUCCUGGAGCAGCAGCAGGACCCGGAUACGUACAACAAGCACCUGUUCGUGCACAUUGGCCAGUCCAGCCCAAGCUACAGCGACCCCUACCUCGAAGCCGUGGACAUCCGCCAAAUCUAUGACAAAUUCCCGGAGAAAAAGGGUGGACUCAAGGAUCUCUUCGAACGGGGACCCUCCAAUGCCUUUUUUCUUGUGAAGUUCUGGGCAGACCUCAACACCAACAUCGAGGAUGAAGGCAGCUCCUUCUAUGGGGUCUCCAGCCAGUACGAGAGCCCCGAGAACAUGAUUAUCACCUGCUCCACGAAGGUCUGCUCUUUCGGCAAGCAGGUGGUGGAGAAAGUUGAGACAGAGUAUGCUCGCUAUGAGAAUGGACACUACUCUUACCGCAUCCACCGGUCCCCGCUGUGUGAGUACAUGAUCAACUUCAUCCACAAGCUCAAGCACCUCCCUGAGAAGUACAUGAUGAACAGCGUGCUGGAGAACUUCACCAUCCUGCAGGUGGUCACCAACAGAGACACACAGGAGACCUUGCUGUGCAUUGCGUAUGUCUUUGAGGUGUCAGCCAGUGAGCACGGGGCUCAGCACCAUAUCUACAGGCUGGUGAAAGAAUGAGAGACUCGGGGAGCAGGGAGGGGGGAAGAGACGUGUGUGCAGGAAACGGGGACAUGGGGAGGGGACCUGCAGGGGCAGCCCCCUGAAGUGCCAAGAGAGCUGAGAGGAGCAGUUGUGACCUCUACCCAGGAACAAACUGUGCCUGAACCUGAGGUGCCCAACCCCAAAUAAACCCAAGAUGCUGUGUAUUUUCAGAGGACCUGGUCUGGCUGUGUGAGCCUCGGGAGGGACUGGGGGAGCAAGGGGGCCAUCUGGGAGGCAGGCCAGAAGCAGUGCUCAGAGACGUACCCCGGGCAGUUCUGAAGCCAGCGUCCCAAUGGACUCAGCCAGGAACAUCGCCGGACCCUGGAACUGAAGAUGUGACAGUCCCUGUGCUACCUCUCAAGCCCCUGCACCGUGGUGCUGGCCACGCCGUGAGGCCCGAUGAAUGCAUGGGCCACGCACCCACAGCCACGUGCGCCCCUGCUGCACUCCCAGGACGGUUCACACAGAGAGGCCCCAUCCCCUGGGGGGUGGGUUUUAGGUGUGGCGGUGACAGUUGUUGGACGGGGACACUGUCAGAACUCUCUGGAUAGUUUCCGUCCAUCUCAGUGGAUGUGGAUUCCAUGACCAUCUUCCGUGACCACGUUGGGGGCACUGGUUUCAAAUCAACGGAGCCUGAGGCGGGGAGGGCAGGAGGCGGCAGGGCUGAGGCCGGCCUGAGGAGUCUCGGUGGGAGGUUGGGUGCACCAGUGUCCUCUUGGCUGGUCCCCGAGAGCCAUUGGUGCUUGUGAGUCUUGUUCAAACUCUGUCCCAGCCAGGGUGCCUGUUAGGUGGAGGCCUCCUCAGAGCCAGCCUGCACCAUCUAACUUCUUCCCUGAGGGGUAGUUUCUGUGCUCCCGGGGGUGGAGGAGGGGAGUGGACCCCACCCUGAGCCUAGACUUAGAUAUGCAGCUGAAGGGGUUCCUGGGUUUAUUUCUCCUGAGAACUGGCAUGGGCUCUGAGUUUUGCCAGUCCUGGCUUCGGUCCUAGUAUUCUAAGCUGCCUGACCUUGGGCAUUUGUCAACCUGUCUGAACCUUAGUACCCUUUCCUCUGUAGAGUGGGAAGAGAUGGAGUCUGUGAAGCGCCUGGUGCAAGCUGUACUAAUACAUCUAACAAUGAGCUCCUCCCUCCCUCCCUCCCUCCCAUGGGGAGGCCAGAAUCUGGCUGCUUGCUGCCACCUAGUGGCUCUUUGGGGUCAUCUUCCCUCAUAGGAACCACAGAUCCAGUAGCCUAGAGCAGAAAGGGAAGGAAGAUUCAACCUAGGGGUGUUUAUGUUUAUCGUGUGUCCGGCACUCGGGGAGAUAGUGCAUGGGACUACAUAAGUAAGACAGCAUCGAAGAGGUGUCUUGGAGUGUGGUUAGGAGCGAGGGCUCUGGAGUCAGACAAGCUACAGACUAGCUGAGUGACCUUGGGGCAAGUUAUUUCAUUUCACUGUGCCUCAGUUUCCCCGUCUGUAAAAUUUGUAUAACGAUAACCUACCUCGCGUAUCUACAGUGCCUAGCAUAGUGCCCCACAUAAAUGUGUGCACUAAAUGUACGUCGUUAUUAAUCAUAGGAGCUUGCAGUCUCACUAGGGCAGACUGGAAAACUAUUAAGUGAUCCUCAAAGCCACUGGCGCUCAGAGACUGGAGAGAUCAAGGUGCAGAAGACUCAGGGAAGGGUAGUCUUGAGGGCAGCUGCCCUUAAAGGGUGGGCAGCAUUUAGUGAAGCAGAUGGAGGGAAGUUGACCAGCAUCCCAGAUGUGGGGAAGAGGCCAGCAGCCUAGUCUCCUCCUCCACGGCCCAGCCCCCACUGUCUUACCAAAGAACAGCUUUAACCAAACCCCUCUGGGCAUCAGGACCACCGCUACACCUCUUGCCAGGCUGCAGAGCUAUGCAAUCUGGAAGCCCAGCUCUCAUCAGAAGCUGGGGCAUGGGCUCUAGGGGAACCUGGGGUCGGAUGAGCCCCUGAGCAGGCGGCAGGUGCCUACAUGUCCCAGUGUGGGUUCGUGUUUGUGUAAGACUCUCGUGCCCCCACCCCUAGGCACCAGCACAGCCUUUGCCUUCACUCUCUCCCCUCCCCUGUCCCUGGGGGAUUGAAUAAGGGAAGCUGGGGUUGGCCGUCCUUCUAGCUUGAUUGGCAGCACCAGCGCUGUGACGGAAGGAUGUGUUGUGCCAGCAGCCUCUUGGCUGCAGGACAAAUGCACAUUUAAAGAGAUAACCUUUUUGGGUCCUGGCUGGGAAAGAGGUCAGUGCAGAUGUUUUUGGGUCCAGGUGUUGGCUGUGAGUUUUCCUUUCCUCUAUGAACUGACCUCAGCAGCCUAGUGGACAGUCACCUCCUUACAGGUGUAAAAUCCAAGCCAGUCAACCAUAGCAGGUGGCAGACUUAGCUGCCUUCCCUGUGGUGUGGUGCAGACCAUGACCCUUGAGGUAAAUGGGUGAGCUGGCCCCACCUCGCCUGCAGCCUCCUCUGACGCUCCGCUGCUGCCUCCCCACUAGCCGCCCUAAAUCACCUACUUCCCAGCACCCCCAGCCCGUAGUGCUCAUCCCGUCUUCCAUCUGCGAUCUGGCGCUCAUUCUUCCAGAGCCAAAGAGGAAUCCCCUCUUCUCAUGCAGAAGACUUAGUCAUGCCUGUCCUUGUGUGUCAGAAGCAUUGCAUUUAUGCCCUGUUAGAACCCCGGUCACAAGCAUGGUGCCUGAACACAGGUGCCUCUGUGGUCUCUUCUCAUCCUCGCCCAAUGGGUACUAUGCUAGCCCCAUUUUACAGAUGAGGCAAAUGUGGCACGGAGAGCUCCACUAACUUGCCUGGAUGAUUCAUGCGUCCACUCAUUCACUUAGCAAAUACUUAUUUAACUUCUGCUUUCCACUAGGCAGUGGGGAUGUAUCAGUGGGAAUGUGUCAGUGAGGAAGACGACAGACAGGCUCCUUGGGAAGCAAAGAGUAAGCAAGUGAGGAGACAGGCGGGCGUGGUGAGGCUGCGCAGGCGCUGAGAUCAAGUUGCUGGGGGAGGCCUCUCUGAGGCGGUGGGGCUUGAGUUGAUUCUGAAGGACAAGAAGAGCCAGCCCUGGGGGGCUGGGGGAAUGGUAUUCCAAGUGGAGGGAACAGCAGGUGCUGGGGGCAGGGAGGUGACAGAUGUGUCCCAGGUACAGAGAACAGAGUGAACAGGAGAGAGGAGGGGGCCAGGGCAUUCCAGGUGGGGAAAGGCAGCAGGUGGCCCAGUGGUGCCCCCUCUUUUGGUGAGGGCUUUGGACCUUACCCGGUGUGAUGGGAAGUCCUGGAAGUGUGUUAAGCAGGGGAGGCUUUUUGAUCAGAUUUUCUAGAAAACGACAGUGGGCUGCUGUGGACCUCAGAGAGGCAUGUGUGAUAGUGUUUCGGGCUCUUCCCACGAAACUCGGCUCUGUGCAGUGAGACCUCAUUUCCUGGUUCUGUUUGAUGAGUGAGCGAAUGCACAUGGCAGGCGAUCAUGUCCCUUGGGCCUGUGAGGUGAGGAAGGGUCCCUGAGCCCUGUGGGGAUAGAGACUCUUCCACCAUUCUGACAUGAUCCGAGUUAGCAGGCAGCACUGUCCAGAUGGAAAUGGGGAUGGGAGACAGACCAUCUCUCUCAGCGGGUCCAGCCAUGAGCCAGCAGACUGUUUCCCAUUGGCCCCCAUCUUUCAGAGUGGGAUGAUCUUUCUAACAAAGAAACCCACACAGGAGUUUGGUGUGUGUGUGCACGCAUUACCUUUCAGGAUGGAAGCCGGUGGGGUGUGGAGCGAGGGGCUGGCAUGGUUGGCCUCGCCUAGCUCCUGUACCCUGUGUGUGCCUAGAGCAUGCACCUGCUCCCUCUGCUGGGCUGAGACUCAGAGGACACUGGGCAGGUGGUGGGGGGUAGGAGGGUCAUGGCUGUGUUGGGUGGGGCCACAUCAGGUGUGUGGCACAGAGGGGGAGGGGGAGGUGGAGUGGCAGUGUGUUCCACCCAGCAGUCCCUGUGUUUGACCUCUUCGUACACUCUCUGUUGUAUUAGCUCUCAGAAUGAAAACGAGAUACUUUUCCCCAAUCUAUGUAUGUUGUUCUUAAGAAUGUACACUUGGCCAGGUGCAGUGGCUCACGCCUGUAAUCCCAGCACUUUGGGAGGCCAACGUGGGUGGAUCACCUGAGGUCAGGAGUUCAAGACCAGCCUGGCCAACAUGGCGAAACCCCAUCUCUACUAAAAAUACAAAAAUUACCUGGGUGUGGUGGUGGGCACCUGUAAUCCCAGCUACUAGGGAGACUGAGGCAGGAGAAUUGCUUGAACCCUGGAGGUGGAGGUUGCAGUGAGCCGAGACCGCGCCACUGCACUCCAGCCUGGGCAACAAGAACGAAACUCCAUCUCCCAAAAAAAAAAGAA